CAUAACUGUUUGUCUAAUCAUUACUCAGUGAGAUUUCUCGCUCAUACUUGAACAAAAAUGGCUUCCACACUCUCAUUCUCUUCGGCUCUACGUUCACCUCUCGCUCUAUCUCCCUCUGCCUCGUCCAAAUCCACUUCGCCGCUCUCCGUCGCGUUUCCACGGAGGAACCCUGGUCGGAUCAGAGCUCAAGACCAGAAAGAAAACUCCAUUGAUGUUGUUCACCAAGGACAAAAAGGAAACCAAGGAUCUAGUGUCGAGAAAAGACCUCAACGCUUAGCCAUGGACGUUUCUCCUUUCGGAUUGUUGGAUCCUCUGUCACCAAUGAGGACAAUGCGUCAAAUGCUAGAUACAAUGGACAGAAUGUUCGAUGACGCUACUAUGAUUGUCCCAGGAAGAAACAGAGGAGGAGUUUCGGAAAUCCGUGCGCCUUGGGACAUCAAAGAGGAAGAACACGAGAUCAAGAUGCGUUUCGACAUGCCUGGUCUCUCCAGAGAAGACGUCAAAGUCUCUGUCGAAGAUAACGUCCUUGUAAUCAAAGGAGAGCAGAAGAAGAACGACGAUAGUGAUUCUUGGUCUGGAAGAAGCUUUAGCUCCUAUGGCACUCGGCUUCAGCUACCGGACAGCUGCGAGAAAGACAAGAUCAAAGCUGAGCUCAAGAACGGAGUCUUGUUCAUCAAUAUUCCAAAAGCCAAAGUCGAACGCAAAGUCAUCGAUGUCCAGAUUCAGUAGGAUUCUAUUUACGUUUUCCUCUGUUUUCACUUGUUUUCUUUUUUUGUGAAGCUGUUUGAUGUACAUAAGCCUAUGUUUCUUACUGUAAUUUAGAUUGUGGUCUGAGUAAAGAAUAACGAAGAACGGAUUAUCUAUGAA